AUGGGUUUGGUAUCUACUCUGUUUAUGUUCUCCAUGGCUUCAAUUUCCAUAGCUCAGUCAAACAUGGUGCCCAUAACAUGGUCCUCCAUUGUUUAUACAUAUUAUGGGGAAAUCACCCCUACGAUGAUCAAUGCCACUUCUCCUGUUCUUACACCUCUGGGGGCUAGUCAACUCUAUAACUCAGGAUCUAUCAUUCGCGACCGUUACCUGAAUUCUACCUCAACACAACUCACUCUCGGACUACCCAUCAACGGCCUCAGUGAUCAAUAUAUUGCCAACAAUCAAUUACAAGUAUGGACUACUAGUGAUGAGUAUAUUGUUGGGAGUGCACAAGCAUUCAUGCAAGGACUUUAUCCUCCCGUAACGGGAGUACGAGGAACAGAUAGUAUUCUAGCCAAUGGCACCGUCAUCGACUAUCCUCUAGGUGGUUAUCAGUAUCCUAAUAUUCAAUCGCUGAGUUCAAUGGAUUAUAAUUAUAUUUGGAUUGCGGGGAAUGACCAAUGUAGAACCUACGAUAUUGCAACAAAAUCUACGAAGACAUCCCCAAGUUUAACCUCUAUGAUGGCUAGCACUGAUGAGUUUUAUCUUUCUCUUGCAGACACCUUUUUUGCCGGCAUCGAUAGCUCUCUACUUAAUUAUGGCAACGCAAUCAACCUUUAUUACUAUGCACUUUACCAAUAUAAUCAUAAUAGCUCUAUUUACGACAUGACCAAUUCUUUCGGUCUUCUGGAGACUUUGAAUGGUUUUGCAUCAGAACAGGCUAUCUCUUUUAAUACGCCUAGCACGGGAUCCAGUAUUCAAUAUAUAGCAGGUCAAACUUUUGCCUCCAAAAUUAUCCAACAAUUUCAACAGGCCAUUUCGAGUUCUGGGGUCAGCGACAAAUUGUCUCUUUACUUCGGUUCCUACGAGCCGAUGUUAGCAUUCUUUUACCUCUCAUCCCUCUCAACUUCAGAUCUCACGAGAAAACGUUUUUCUAGAUUGCCAGAGUAUGGAAGCAUGAUGGCUUUUGAGCUUUUUAGUUAUGUUGAAGAAGCACAAUAUGAUUCAUCCAAUUCAUUUCCCGAAGUAAAUGAAUUAUGGGUUAGGUUUUUAUUCAGAAAUGGAACUUCGGACACCGACCCUUUGAUAUCCUAUCCCCUUUUCAAUCUCGGCAAUUCGGAAAUCGACAUGAAGUACACUGAUUUUGUCACAGAAAUUGGAAAGUUUGCCAUCAACGAUUUGAACGCCUGGUGUAGUUCAUGUGCCUCUAUCUCAAUGUUCUGUGCAGCCAUUUUCAGUAACGAGUCUUCCAAUUUCGCUUCAAACAAAACCAUUAAUUUUCAUUCAAAGAGUGUCAGUGGUAUAGUUGGUGGCAUUAUCGGGGCAGUUGUUACAUUGGUAGUUGUGAUGCUUAUCGCAUCAAUUCUUGCGAUCUUUGGGUUCAGAAUGCACCAUCGGGAGAAGAUAAUCUCCAACUCCGCGGGAGGAGUUGGAGUUCUGAAAAGAGGCUCAUCCGCUGGCGGAGGAGGUUUUAAAGGUCCCGAGAAACUCGCGUCUGAUACAGAUCUUAAUAUAGUCAAAGGGCCUGGUGUUGGUGCUACCACGAAACACGAAAGAGUCGGCAGCUGGGAAAUGGGUAAUGCACCUAAUAAGAAUACCAACAGUGGCGAAGGAGCUGCUAGACUGAGACAGGAAAGAGUAGUGAGCACCGCGGAUUACAGCAGGAGAAGCGAAGAUGGAAUCGGAAAUCAUGAUCCUUGGGGAAAGGGUGUCCAGGGUGAGGACUAUAUUUAA